CCUUAAAUCAAAUUGCGGUAUUCUCAAAUAUAACUAUAUAGCCUCAUAUCCCAUUGCAGGUAUAAUUUUUAAAACGCAACUAUAUAACCUUAAAUCCCUUUGUGGAUAUAAUAAAAAUGAAGGCACUGCUAUCUUGACAAUCAAGUCAGUGAUCGCCGUCGGCGGAGACGGCAUUAUCUCGGAGGUGCUCACAGCCAUCGUGCACAGACAGCAACAAAUGGAGGGCUUCAAUGCCGACGACCCGGAUGUGAAAUUGCCGCCGAUUCCGUUUCCGGUGGGCUUUAUUCCUGCCGGAAGCGGGAACUACGCUGUCAGAUACCUCCAUGGCUGCACAGAUGUUGUGACUGCCGCCAUCAAAAUUGUUUUAUCACAAACCAGGCCUGUGAACGUGGUCAGUGUCCACCAAGGAAACAAACUGGAGGGCAUUUCCCACCUCCUGACCUCUUUCGGACUCAUCGGCGAGAUGAUCAGGGCUUGUGAGCAGCACCGCUGGCUGGGAAACCUGCGCUACAAAAUUCUACCGGUUCGCACCAUCUUUCGACGAAGACUCAUCGACGCAGAAGUUGAAUUCUUGAAAGAAAGCACAGGCGAAUGGCAGUCGUCGAAAGGAGCUUUCUAUAUAGUGGACACAAACGUGUGCGACCUUGUGGACAAGGACUCCAAACUGGUGCCGGUCUUUGCAGAUUCGGCCUUGAACCUACACAUGACCUCCGCCUGCUCUCUCAGUGACCACAUAAAGCAGCUGUCUAAGGUGGCCGAUUUCACUGCUGGUGCCUACAACUACGACUUCAUCCAAGUGGAGCGAGUGUUGAAGUACAGAGUUCACCUGCCGACGCUGGAGUCGCAGGGCCAGGACUCGAACCGCGGGGAGGUGUUCUACAUGAACUUGGAUGGGGAGGCACAAGUCAUCGACCAGCCCAGUUUUCAAGUCAG